UCGGUCCAUUUCUGGUUUGAUGAGGUGUGGCUGCGGCGACGACAAAGGAAGCAGCGCCACAAGCAGGGACAGCGCCGUCCAGUACAAGGGAGUCCGGCGAAGGAAGUGGGGCAAGUGGGUGUCGGAGAUUCGAGUGCCGGGGUCACAACAGCGGUUGUGGUUGGGCACGUAUACUUCGCCGGAGGCCGCAGCGGUGGCUCACGACGUGGCUUUCUACUGCCUGAGGAGACCGGCCUCGUUGGAGAAGCUUAACCUCCCGGAGAUGUUGCCUUCUUGUUAUGUCUGGCAGCAACCAGAAAUGUCGCCGAGGUCGGUGCAGGCGGCAGCUUCAAAUGCCGGCAUGGCAGUUGAUGCUCAGAGGAUUGUUGAAGCCGAAGAGAAGAAUGAGAAAAAUGAUGAGCACAGAGAAAACAGAGACAUGAAUGAUGGGUUUUGGUGGGACUGGAAUGGUGACGGCGGCGGCGGUGCUGACGGUUAUUUAUGGCAAGGAAUCGCCGGCAGUUAUUCUCAAGGAGAAGCAUCGAGCAUUACCGUUGAUGAUUAUCUUCUCGAUCUUCAACAAUCUUAGAAAUUCCGAUUCACACAUAACAGGGCAAUCAGAUUCUCUGAAAUUUGCUUCAUUUAGAGAAGCAGAAAAAGUGAAUCUGUUUUUUCUUUUCUUUGUGUUUUUUUUUUUUGGCCAGCACUAAGUGAAUCUGUUUUAUUUCAUAGGCUUUAGUGUAUAUCUUUCAUUCUUUCUCCGAUUUUGUUGUACAAAUCAUGAAUGUAUUUCGAAAAGGGAAAAGGACCACGA